CCGGAGGAUCCCAUCAAGUGCACCAAUGGGACCAAAAAUUGCACCAUCACCAACUCCUACGGCGCAUUCCCCGACCGCCGCAUCUGCCGAGCGGCCGAGGUCGCGUACCCGACGUCGGAGGAUGAACUCGUCGCCAUUGUCGCCGGAGCGUCGAAAGAGAACCGAAAAAUGAAGGUGGCGACUCGCUUCUCCCAUAGCAUUCCUAAACUCGUCUGCCCCGACGACAAUGGCGAUGGCGGCGAUACCGGUUCUCUACUCAUUAGCACAAAGUACCUUAACCGGACGUUAAAGAUUGACAACCGGAGCAUGACGGUGACGGUAGAGAGCGGAGUGACCCUCCGGCAACUUAUCGAGGAGGCGGCGAAGGCGGGUUUGGCGGUGACAAGCGCGCCGUACUGGUGGGGGUUGACGGUGGGAGGCAUGAUGGGUACAGGAGCGCACGGGAGCUCGUUAUGGGGAUUGGGAAGCUCCGUUCAUGAUUACGUUGCCGGAAUUCGGAUUGUCACUCCGGCAUUGCCGGAAAAUGGCUAUGCUUCUGUGCGGCAACUCGGAGAGGGUGAUCCUGACAUCAAUGCAGCUAGGAUCUCCCUAGGGGUACUUGGAGUCAUUUCGCAGGUGACUCUAAAGCUCGAACCCAUGUUUAAGCGGUCCAUGAGUUUGGUGGAGAAGGAGGACUCAAACUUGGGGGAUGAAGCAGCGACUUUUGGGACCCGACACGAAUUCGGAGACAUGUCUUGGCUCCCAAGCGAGGGAAGAGUUGUGUAUCGU